CGGGCGUCGCUGUUUGACGCUCAGGAAGUGGACUAAACCACCAGAGAUUCCCGCAGAUUCGACACCGAUCGUGCCGAUCGUAAUAAAACGUGUCCAGGACGGAGCCAAGCGUUCGUUGAAAAUAACUUUUUCUUCUUUUUGGUGCGACCCUCGCGACGAUAAUGCUGGAUGGUCGCGCUCAUGAAAUUCACCAGAGACAUAUGCAGGCUCUUGGGACUCGGGAGCGCGACAGCCCCCCCUGUCCAGCAGCAGGAAGCACAGAUGGACUGUGGCGCGGCAAACCCUGACCCAAGUGAUGAUGCCACUUUGUCGCAGGAUGUAUUAAAUGGAGAGGAUGAUUUGAGCGAGGAGGAGAAGGUCAGACGGAAGGCAGAGCGACGCAAAGCCAAGAGGAAGCGCCGUCGGAAACGCAAGAAGCAGGAGCAAGUUAAGGAAAGUGAGAGUGCCGAACAGGAUAACGAAGACGAGGACGGAGGCGCAGAGUCCGAGCUGGACGAAAGCGAGUCGGACGGAGAGGUCGACGCUGAAGAGGAGAAACGAGAAGCGCAAAAAGAGGAGAAAAAGGAGGCGAGAUCGUCUGCCUCACACAGAUGUGCCGCCACUCCAGUCGUGGCUCCGUCAGGAAUCAAAGGACAUCAGAAGGGCCAGGCCAGAUCCGCUGAAGAGGAGCCCGAAUGGGAUGUGAGCAGCGCCUUCUUCGCUAAUGCUGCUAGCCAUAUCAAACCCAAAGGAUCAAGUCGCAAGUCCAAAGAAAACAAGGAGAACGAGGCCAGGAGAGAGACAAAUGGAACUGACACCAUGACCAAGAAAAGCGCAUCACUGACAGAAAAAGGGAUAAAGCUGGUGCAGGAGGGGCAGUACGCACAAGCAGCCAUUAUGUUUACAGAUGCCAUUAAAUGUGACCCUAAGGAUAACAGGUUCUUUGGGAAUCGGUCCUAUUGCUAUUACUGCUUGGAGCAGUACCCUCAGGCCCUGGCAGACGCUGAGCGCUCCAUUCAGCUGGCCCCGGACUGGCCCAAAGGACAUUUCCGCAAGGGCAGUGCUCUCAUGGGCAUGAAGCGGUACAGUGAGGCAGAGAAGGCUAUGGAGCAGGUGCUGAAACUGGACAAAGACUGUGAGGAGGCUGCCACUGACCUUGUUAACUGUAAAGUGCUUCAGUUGAUGGAGCUUGGUUUUGAAGAAAUGCAAAGUGUCCAGCUGCUGGAGAAAUUUUCUACUGUGCAGGCAGUUCAGGCAGCUUAUUUGGAUGCUGUCAGGGCUGGGAGCCAGGAUCCAUCAGUUGUGCAACCGGGAAGCCCUUGUCCAUCUCUGUGGGUAGGAAAUGUGACGACUGAGCUAACUGAAAAACACCUAUGGGACCUUUUUAAAGUGUAUGGUGAGAUAGAGAGUAUCCGCGUGCUGCAUGAGAGAUUCUGUGCCUUUGUCAACUUCAAGAAAGCAAACAUGGCAUCUCGUGCUAUGGAGAAACUAAAUGGUUAUUGUAUUGAGAACACACGUUUAGUGGUGCGUCAUCCUGACCGCCGCACUCAGAGGGUCCUCCCCAUUCCACUUAAGACCUGUCUCUCUGUCACACAGCAGGCGGGGGCAGCUGCUGGACCUCGACGACGUGGGCCAGUGAACGGAGACGAGUGUUACUUCUGGAGAACCACUGGCUGCCAUUUUGGGGACAAAUGCCGCUACAAACACAUUCCUGAUCAGAAGGGCAAGGACAGGAAGCCGUGGCAGCCUUGAACUCUGUUUGCUCUUUGCCUCAGGAGUGUGCGGGAAACUGGGAUGCACAGACUGAGCCAAAGGGGCCGGUAGAUACUGGACAUGGCUCUCUUGGCUAAAUAAUAUUAACUGUGGCAGUAUGGACCAGAAUAGUCAAAUGGGACUGAGCCAACACUCGGGCUCCAGGGCUGGGAUAGUCACCCGUGUGCCACAAAGAACUGGGGAGUAUGAAGGUCUUUAUUUCAACCAAACACUAUACAGGAUUACAUCGCUUAAUAGUACAACAUCUACCAGAAGGGAGCGACAAAAUGGCCUGAUAUAGUCUUUGUUUCAGGUGAAAUCUCUCAUAUUUGUAGCUCUUCUUGGUACAUGAUGACAUAUUCCUGCUUUAAGUGACAUGACCUCACAGGCCUACAAGAGAAGGAGGUAGUGAAACUGCCUGGGUUCAUCGAUGGACAAAAGCAACGACUGUCGUGUAAAAGAAGCAAUGAAAGGACUGUUUGGAUAUGUUAGGCCAACAGUGACGAUCCUGGUGACCCUCCUUACUCACACUUCCUCCCCAUUUUAAAGUACAAUAACUUGAUCAUGACAAACAGUUGUAGUUUGUGAAACUUUUUUUUUUUUUUUUUUUUACAGUUAAGGUUUAUCAAUGGCUCACCACAGUCUGCGGUUCAUACUUGGGCUCCAUUUCCUUACUUAUUGUUUUUGUGCCAAGAUCAGCACAUUGUCCACCAGACCAAAGACUUACUUACUAACAGAUGUACUUGUAAUUUCAGUUCCGAGGUUUUUUGCUUUUAGCCGGUAGGCUACAGUGAUCCAGAGAGGUGCCUUCAUGAUGUACUAUGUAGCCUUAGUGAAGAUGAUCAACAGUGGGUAAUUGGACAGAAGACCCACAGACUGAACUUGAGGGAUUGCAGGAUUGUAUGUAUUAACGCAUGGAUUGAAUGUCACUUUAUUAACUUGCUGGCUGCCCUAUUGUUGAAAAACUAAAUACACAACCCUGCAUGUCCGCUGGGUUGUCAUGACGAGUUAUGCGGGACCUAUUUUCCUUGUUAAUAAUACCUGUAGUGUGCAGAAGAAGUGAUGGAAACAGCCGACAAAGCCAUGCAAUCCAGUAGAACACAUUUCACCUUUAUGAAGGCUGCAGUAGUCCCUGUUUUUGGUGAGACUCUGUCAGAGAAGUGAUGUUUUAACUCCGGUAAUGUUGAGGCCAGAGUUUUAUUUUUGUAAAGGAUUGCACGAAAUGUCAGGUGUGAGGUUCUUUUCUUCUCCUCGACUCUGAAGAAAGCUAGUUGUGGGAAUGAUCUGUUUGCCCAAUGCAAAAAAAACAACAGCCUUCAUUCAUUCAUUUAUGUCAGUAUUAGAAUUGGCAAUAUGCUUUUUUGGUACUUUUACAUAGUAAACAUCACAGUGCUUUAUGUCUAUGCAAAUGAAAAGUGCUGGCGUGAUAUUCAUUUCUGUGUCAGACACCACCUCUUGCCGAGGUUUUUUUUUACGUUGUGGCGAUGUCAUUGACAAACUAGUGCCUUACAAAGGAAUUAAUGCUUAGUCACACACACACACACACACGCCCAUGUGUGUUACUCGACCCAUUAACAGAAGUUUUAAGCCUUUCAAAAAGCAGUAUUUUUGACCUCACGGACCGCCCAUUUCAGUAUUUCAGUGAACCAAAGAAUGCUUCCUGGUCUGAUGGCCCCCGCACUGAAAACAACAUCAGUCUUUCACGAGUUUCGACACUAGGCAUUUGCAUUAAAUUCUAUUGGCAUGUGUUCGUAUCAUCCACUUAACAAUUACAGCUACGACACGUGGUUUAAAUCCACACUACAUUCACUUGUGAACUCUAUGCACAGCAUAGUGAGAAUAUUUAUUUUUUUAUUUAUACCUGAGGUUUUUUUCCUUUUUUUUUUUUUACAACAAACUUAGCGAGCUGAAUUCAGCUUUUACAUUUUUUUUGUCUUUCACUUUAGGUAAGUGAAAGAAAAGACUGAUAUAGAGGCAAGCAUUAUUAAAAAAAACAUUUGGUGCAAAUACUGUCACAUGCUGCACUUCUGCUUUUUCGUACUGCUUUCUGUCUUGUGGCUAGAACUUGUGAAAAAGAGUUUAGGCGAUAAUCGAUUCAACCGGUUUCUUGUUUGACUGUUAACUAUGGCUUAUUUAAUUUUGUAGACUUGAAAUGCAACGGAUAUUACCAUUCUGUCUUUUUAAUUUCACUUUAUUGAGAUUUCAAAUUAGGGGGGGGGGUUUAAUGUCAGCUCUUUAGUGUGUUUUUAAAAAUUAUUUUUACCCACUUUCAAACUGUUUCGGGAAAAUGCAUAAAUAAUCAUGAUGUACAAACUGAUUAACCAGAGCACUGCAAUCCUGUUAAUCCCCCAAAUGUUUUGUAUUGUCGCACUGCAAAAAGAGUAUUUUAUAUUUAAUAAAGAACCACCUAUACCACA